UUUGGUCACGAGUUGGAGAGUGAGCUUAAGCUCUGGACUUUCCGCCGCGACCAACUUUUGCCGCUUCCCCCCCGUCCACUAGCCCCUUCAUUCUGACUCAAGGUCUCGGUCACCUUCUACUUUUAUUUACCUUUUUUUCCCAACCUGGAUUGAAGCUAUAGUUCCUGUCAUUUGUCGAUUUCGGCAGCCGGCAAUAUGGAUUUCGCAGCGUUAAUGUCCAAAGAAAUUACCAAAGCCAAAGGUGGAUCCUCGUCAGAGCAAAAAGAUACACCCAAGGUCCCGGAGAAGAAAUAUAUCCGCCGUGGUGAGGCCGAAGCCGCCCGAAUCGCCGCCUAUAAUGAAGAGCAGGAGCGAGCGCAACGCGACCGAGAAGAGCGCAUGAAGCAGAAGCGCAAACUGGAAGAGGAGGAGGCUGUACGGCGACAAGAGCGAGAAGAGAAAAGGCGACGGCUAGCGGAAGAGUCCCGGAAGAAGAGAGAGGAGGAGGAAGCAGCGAAGGAGCGAGAACGACGGAAACGACUGGGUUUACCUGAGGUGCCCCCUCCUGGUGAAAAGGGUGAAGACAAGGUGAAGGAGGACGAAGAAGAAAUUCCGGAUCAGGAACUAGUUGAGAAGCUGCGUGAGAUGGGCGAACCGGCAUGUUUGUUUGGAGAGACACAUCGCGGCCGUUUACGGCGCUAUCGUCGACUUGUGCAGCGUUCACUCACCCCCCAGCAACAGUUGUCUGAUGGGCCUAUUCCCACAACGCUAGAGCUGGUCCCCGAGAAGGACAUGAAGAUUUCCACGGCUCUCCCGAAGGAUACGGAAGGCCGCAAAUAUUUGUUCCGCCAGCUGGCUUCGUAUUUUAACAUGGUACUCGGGGAGUGGGAGCUUGCGUUGGCGAAGCGAGAUAUAUCCGUCAAGCAAAGUCUCCAGGGACGACAAGCCUACAAUGCGAUGGUCCAGUCAAGGGAGAAUAUGAAGCCACUAUUCCGCAAGUUCGAGAAGGUGGACGUUGAUGAUCGCGUGCUGGAGCACGUUGUCGAAAUCGUCCACAACGCCCAGCUGCGGAGAUAUGUGGAUGCAAACGAUGCCUAUCUACGAUUGAGCAUUGGAAAGGCAGCAUGGCCCAUUGGUGUGACCAUGGUUGGUAUCCACGAGCGAUCAGCCCGAGAAAAACUGCACCAGAGCGACCAACAGGCCCAUAUCCUGAGUGAUGAGAUCACUCGCAAGUAUCUACAAAGCAUUAAACGAUGCUUGAGCUUUGCGCAGACCCGGUGGCCUCCAGACGACCAACUGCAGAUUAUGGGCUAGGUGUAUGACUAUACUCUGAGAGGCCACCCGACUUGUUAAAGUGUACAAUAAUGAUGACGAUUUUAUACCCUGUUGCUCGUGUAUAUUGCAUAGAUUUAGCGACCAUCUGUGGUCCUUGAGC